AACAAAUUUAGUCAACAAGUCUAAACUCUAGAAGACGAGAGGAAAUAAAUUCGCUAUUAUUUAAGCAGCGAGGUGGGAGAUCCUCCGCUACACGAGUAGCUCAGAGUGUCUGAAUCUCCGAAAAAGGAAAAAAAGAAAAAAAAAUGGAAAUGAAGGGAUUGGGAUUAAUAAUGGGCAUGGUUUCGAUGGCCGUGAUGUGGUACGAAUGUCAGGCAAGCAGCAAUCUCCACCCUCUGAUCCUGGUGCCAGGGAGUGGUGGAAAUCAGCUAGAAGCAAGGCUUACGGAUGGAUACAAACCGUCCAGCUUGCUGUGCAGCCGAAGCUAUCCGCCUUUCAAGGACAAGGAAGGGUGGUUCAGGCUGUGGUUCCGCCCCGCCCUGCUCGUCUCUCCAUUCACCCAAUGCUUUGCCGACCGCAUGACGCUUUACUAUGACCCACAGCUUGAUGAUUAUGUAAAUACCCCUGGGGUCGAAACCAGGGUCCCUAGCUUUGGUUCUACUCGCUCCCUCCUGUAUCUUGAUCCUCAUCUCAAGCGCGUCACAGCAUACAUGGGGGCCCUGGUGAAAGCUCUGGAGCAUAUGGGUUACGUUGAUGGCAAAACAUUAUUCGGAGCUCCAUAUGAUUUUCGAUACGGUUUAGCAGCAGAUGGUCACCCAUCACGUGUGGGUUCCAAGUUCCUUGAGGACCUCAAAGAUUUGAUAGAAAAAGCAAGCACUUCUAAUGGAGGAAAACCAGUAAUCCUCGUCUCCCACAGCUUGGGAGGCCUGUUUGUCCUCCAACUUCUCAACCGAAACCCCCCAUCUUGGCGCCAGAAAUUUAUCAAGCACUUCGUUGCACUGGCCACUCCUUGGGGCGGCGCAGUGCAGGAAGUGCACAACCUUGCUUCUGGCUACACACUGGGAGCACCCCUAGUUGAUCCAUUGCUGGUGAGGGGGCAGCAGAGGAGCUCAGAGAGCAACUUAUGGCUCAUUCCUUCUCCUAAAGUGUUUGGUGCGCAACCAUUUGCGGUCACAUUAAAUGCUACUUAUACAGCAAAUGAUGUUGUGCAGUUCCUCAAUGACAUUGGGUUUUCGGGAGGAAUCCAUCCUUACCAAUCUCGCAUUGUGCCUUUGUUGGAACGGUUACCAGCGCCUGCGGUGCCUGUCACCUGUAUAUUCGGGAGUGGUGUUAAAACAGCAGAAACACUGUUCUAUGAUGAAAGUGGUUUUGAUAAGCAACCGGAGAUUGUUUAUGGGGAUGGAGAUGGGACAGUGAACAUGGUAAGCUUGGAAGCUCUUCAAUUGGAGUGGGCUGAUCAGCAAAAUCAACCCCUUAAGACUAUUAGAAUCGAAGGGGCUUCUCAUAUUUCAAUAUUCCAAGACGAAAAAGCAGUUAAUAGAAUAGUAAAAGAAAUUUCAGGUAUUAAUUCUGAUAUUCAUCAUGUAAAGAGCCUAAUUGAUCAGUGAUCAAUUGGUUGGCAAUUGGGAGCGUUUACUAUAUUUCAAUCCGUAACACUAGGUUCCAACUUCAGGGAAACCCUCAAAUUUCAAUGAAAAUCUUCCACCAGUAUACAGGAUCUUUCAUACA